CACAGCUACAAAAAUUAGGGUAUAAAAGCCCCAAUCUCUCUCCCCCUCAUUCUCGCUCUGGUCUCUCAACCUUUUCCAACAGAAAAACCCAGAGAAGACAAUAGCAGAGCCAGCAAUUCGUUACUGGUUUCUCUCACUCUCUCUUUCAAUUAUCUUGAUAAGAAGAAGAAUGGCAACGUUUGAACUGUACCGCAGGUCCACCAUCGGUAUGUGCUUGACUGAAACAUUGGACGAGAUGGUUUCGGGCGGAAUUCUCAGUCCUGAACUCGCCAUCCAAGUCCUUGUUCAGUUCGAUAAGUCGAUGACCGAUGCUCUGGAAAGCCAAGUUAAGAGCAAGGUGUCUAUUAAGGGUCAUCUGCACACAUACAGAUUCUGCGACAAUGUUUGGACCUUCAUCUUACAAGAUGCAACGUUUAAGACCGAGGAAUGCCAAGAGACCGUUGGUCGGGUUAAGAUAGUGGCAUGCGACUCCAAGCUGCUCACACAAUGAGAUCCUGAAUGUGUCCAACUGAGGAGAUUUAGUUAUAAUCUGGUGUAGCUAAGGGUAUGAUAAAGAGAAGUGGGGUUUGAUCCGAUCAACUUUGCAGUUGCAGGCAACGGAGGAAGUAGAUUUGAACACAAUUUGUAGAACCCAUGAAAACCCCGAACAACUGUUAUAAUGUACUGGAUAUUGCUUGAUCCAUAUUGCAUGAAUUUCUUCAGUAUGGAGUUUGAUAAUUGUUAUUGCCUUGGUUGUCUGCCUCCGUAGCUAGAACUUCUGCGGUAGAUUCUUCUUUUCAGUAAUGAUACAUGCACGGAAAAAUGUAUGUAUCAUACUCAAAAUGAUUAUUGCGUGGUUCACCUUCAUUUUAGGCAUGGUUCUCCAUUGUCUGAUGAUC